AUGUCAAUAAAGGAUCUAAUUGCUUUUUAUGAGAAGAAAGCAACUGCAAAUGAUGCUGAUGGUUCACGAGAGGACAGGAGAAAAUACAGCAAUGAACUGAAAUUGAAAGAGCAUUGGCAGAACGAGUACACUGCCAGUUUUGCAGAGCAGGAAUCAGCUUUUGAUAGCUCGCCGCUGACCAAAGACAAUACAAAAGAGAUUAUUUGUGUGAAGGAUCGGAUAAGUGAAAUAGAUAGAAUCAAUUCAAAAACAGAAAUAGUUGAGAACGUGCAGGGAUAUCCUAAUUUUGGUGGAGAGAUGACAGAUGAGAUUGAUGAACUCUACGAAAAUGCACUAACAAAGGAGGAAUGAGCACUAUAUUACGAUGUGGUGCGAAUAGGUAUGGACCGAUAAUGAACAAGAAGAAAGAAUGAAUAAAAAUACGGGACGUAUAUUACUAUCA